AUGGCCGCAAAGACAGCAGAUCAGUUCUCGGAGCUGAAGCUGAACGGCUUGUCAGACUCGAAGAAAGCCUCCAGUGCGGCCUCGAAACAGAACGGCACAACGGCUGACGCUUCGGAUCAGGAUUCAGACGAUAACGAUGAAGAUGCGCCAGCUGCUAACGGUGCUGAAAAUGUAGCUAUAGCAGGAGACAAGAAGAAAAAGAAGAAGAAGAAGUCCAAGAAGAAAAAGACUGGAACUGCUGGAGCGAAAGUGCAGAGCGAUCCACCUCGGGUGCCUGUAUCACAAUUGUUCUCUAACAAUACCUAUCCUGCUGGCCAAGAGGUUGAAUAUGUCGGAGACCAACAGUACAGAACCACCAAUGAAGAGAAGAGACAUUUGGAUCGAAUGAGGAACGACUUCCUCACGGAAUACAGACAGGGUGCGGAAAUACACAGACAGACAAGAGCAUGGGCGCAGAAGAAUAUCAAGCCGGGCAUGGAUCUACAUGAGAUCGCUCAGGGCAUAGAAGAUUGCACUCGUGCGCUUACUGGCCACCAGGGUCUCGAGGAGGGUGAUGGUUUGAUCGCUGGAGUUGGCUUUCCUACUGGUCUGAGCAUUAAUCACUGCGCUGCUCAUUAUACACCUAAUAGCACCAGUAAGAAGUGGGUGUUGGGUCAACAAGACGUGCUCAAGGUCGAUUUUGGUGUGCACAUCAAUCAGCGUAUUGUGGAUUCCGCAUUCACAAUGACAUGGGAUCCAAAAUAUGACAACCUCCUUGCAGCGGUGAAAGACGCAACGAACACUGGCGUGCGAGAGGCUGGAAUCGAUGUCCGGGUUGGCGAGAUCGGUGCUGCCAUACAAGAAGCAAUGGAGAGUUACGAGGUCGAAAUUGACGCCAUUCGCAACCUCAACGGCCACGACAUUGUCCAAGGCUCCAUCCACGGCGGCAAGUCCGUCCCCAUCGUCAAAAGUAAUGAUAUGACCAAGAUGGAAGAAGGAGAGAUCUUUGCCAUCGAGACCUUUGGCUCUACCGGGCGAGGUUACGUGCAGGACGACAUGGAAGUCUCGCAUUAUGCUCUGCGACCUGAUGCGCCAAAUGUUCCGUUGCGGGUCAGUAGUGCUAGGAGUUUGCUGAACGUUAUCAAGAAGAAUUUUGGCACUUUGCCAUGGUGCAGGAGGUAUCUGGAUAGAUUGGGACAGGAAAAGUACUUGCUUGGGUUGAAUAAUUUGGUGUCUUCAGGAAUUGUGCAGGAUUAUCCACCGCUGGUCGACCAGAAGGGAUGCUACACAGCUCAGUUUGAGCAUACUAUCCUUUUGAGACCGACCGUGAAAGAGGUUGUGUCCAGAGGCGAUGAUUAUUGA